AAAGAAAUAGAGAUGAAACAAUCAAACAAAGUGAAGCUGCAAAAAAAAAAGAAAAGAAGAGAAGAGAGACAGACUCUGUAGCCAAGCCACAGUUAGUUGGGAAAACCGUUUCUAAAAUGUUAACUUGUUGGAGGUUUACUCCAACACUUUGCCUCCCAUCCUCAAAAGACUCUAGAUUUCUCAGGCUAUCUUGCAGGGCUGAGAAUCUACAUACUAGUGUCAGCGGAACCCAUGAGAGGAAAAAGAAGGUCGUCAUUGUUGGCUCUGGAUGGGCUGGUCUUGGUGCUGCCCACCACCUCUGCAAUCAGGGAUUUGAUGUCACUGUUCUUGAGAGUGGUAAUGGGUUUAGUGGCGCCGAUGAUGUUGGUAUUCAGGGUUUCUGGAAUCCCUUCCAGAAUAUAUUCAGCCUUGUUGAUGAGCUGGGCAUCAAGCCCUUCACUCACUGGACAGCAUCAGCACAAUAUUCUGCAGAGGGAUUGGAGGUUGAAUUUCCAAUAUUUCAAGAUCUGCCUCGACUUCCAACUCCAUUGGGGACCUUAUUUUACCCUCAAUUUACUAGGCUCCCAUUGCUUGACAGAUUAACAUCACUUCCUCUAAUGGCUGCAGUAAUUGACUUUGACAACACAGACACAGCCUGGAGGAAAUAUGACUCAAUAACUGCGAGGGAGCUUUUCAAACAAUUUGGCCGCUCUGAAAGGCUUUAUAGGGAUAUUAUUGGUCCGUUGGUUCAUAUCGGGUUGUUUGCUCCAGGAGAGCAAUGUAGUGCCGCUGCUACCCUGGGGGUGUUGAACUAUUUGGUCCUUGCUCACCAGAAAGAUUUUGAUAUGGUGUGGUGUCGCGGGAAGAUCAAAGAAAAGAUUUUUGAGCCAUGGAUGGACGCCAUGAGGACCAAAGGCUGUAAAUUUCUGGAAGGCAAUAAAGCAAUUGAUGUUGUUCUCAAUGAGGAAACAAAUAGCAUUUCAGAAGUAGUUUGCAGUGGUGAGACUUAUGAGGCAGACGCAGUUAUCUUAGCUAUCGGAAUCUCGACACUUAGGGAACUUAUUCAGAACAGUUCAGCAUUGUGUACAAGAGAAGACUUUCUGAAGGUUCUAAAUUUGUCCAGCAUUGAUGUACUCACUGCCAAGCUUUGGCUUGAUAGGAAGGUUAAUGUUCCAAAAACAAGCAAUGCUUCUUCUGGAUUUGGUGAUUCAUUUGGUUGGACGUUCUUUGACUUAAACAUGAUGUAUGAUGAGCAUAAAGAUGAUCCUGCCACAGUCAUAGAAGCUGAUUUUUAUCAUGCUAAUGAGUUAUUGCCGCUGAAGGAUGAUCUAAUAGUUGCAAAAGUGUCAUCUUAUCUUUCCAAGCACAUUAAGGGCUUUGAGACUGCAACUGUACUGGAAGUGGAGAUCGAAAGAUAUCCCAAAUCUAUGACGCAUUUCUUUCCAGGUUCAUAUAAAUCUAUGAUGCGAGGUUCAACAUCAAUCCCAAACUUGUUCAUGGCGGGAGACUGGAUUGUAACCCGACAUGGUUCGUGGGCACAGGAGAAAGCUUAUGUUACCGGACUUGAAGCUGCCAACCGGAUAAUUGACAGUCUAGGAGAGGGAAGCUUUGCUAGAAUAAUACCUGUGGAGGAGGAUGAACCUCACAUUGAAGCUCUUCGCACCCUGAACAGACGCUUCAAUGGGUUACGAGAACAGGUUCCAUUUUCGGAUUAUUUCCUUCAGUGAAGUCGUUCAGAGAUGCUGGACAAUUCUUCAUGCAAUAUUAGUAAACAUCUCUGUCUGGAUUCUGGACCAUCCUUCCAAGAUUUUGCAUAUGCCUAUGAAGCUCCCCAUGAGUUGCAGAUUUAAGAACAUCUUGUUAAGACAGUUUCUACUUUCUAGUGCCACAAAAUAUUGUCAUCCUAAUUUUGUUUGUGUUUUCAAUUUUAUAUGAAACAUUAUGAGCCUAAGCUCGGCGGUCAAACCCUCGCGUAUAAAUGUUUUUUACUUGACGAUAGGAU